GUGUCACAAAAAAAUUAUGCAUCCCUUUCCUUUUCCUUAUGUGAAAAGGGAGUUUUCACUUAGAAACUGUGCGGCUUGGGAGUACAACAACCAGUGAUGUUGAUUAAACUCUCUCUGUUUGAUGUCAACAUGGCCCCUGCAGUAGCUGUCGGCAGUGACGGAAGACUUAAAUAUGUCCUGAAAACUAUGUCAUAAUGCAGAGGUCUGGCCAGAAGAGGCCCAAUACCCCAAGUGUUUCGAAAUGCCAAACGGACGCUAGUCACUGGGCACAGGAGGUGCGGGAGGUGGUUGUUCGUGCAAAAGUCGACGGCACAGUCAAUUUCGCUGUACGUGGUGGAUCAGACCACGGAGAAUUCGCCUUUGUAGUUGAGGCUGAAGAGGGUUCCGGCCUCUUCGACGGAGACCUACUCCUGGAGGUGCAGGGAGAGAAGGUCGCAGGUUAUACUCAAAGAGACGUGGAAGCUUGGCUAAGUCACUGCUGCCGAAACGGAAACCCCGUCACGCUCAAAUCUGUUCGAGGAGGUGCUGUCCCCAAGGACCUAAGAGUAUUUCUCAAUACAAGAUUCCAGCGUGGUUCAGUAGACCACGACUUACAGAAUACUAUUCGUGACAAUCUAUACCUUAGAACGGUACCUGUUACUACUCGUCCACCCCGGGAAGGAGAAGUGAAUGGUGUUGACUACACUUUUCUCAGUUUAGAGGAAUUUGCUAAACUUGAAAGAAGUGGAAGCCUUCUGGAAAGUGGAAUCUAUGAGGGCAAUCAUUAUGGAACUCCAAAGCCAUCAAAAGAACUUCAGAAUGGAUCUGCACCUAGUAAUAGUGUAAACCUGAACGCUGCUGGUAUAUUUCCUGGAGCGCAUCCAUCCUCUGAAGGCAAGAGGAGGAGAAACAGGUCCAACGUUGAAGCAAUGGCUGCUAAGAGCACAGAGCCAGAAUCAGAGCCUGACCCGACCCAUCCUGAUUCUCAACACUACAAGCAUAAUAACCACAAUAAUAAUCAAAGUGUCCAACACAGUGAAUUUAACGAAAGCAAAAUGAAUGGAUCAGGAUCCUACCCCGAUGCUCCCCCUAGCUAUAAUGAUGGACCAAAUCAUGGAAAUCAUACCUCAGGGGAUGACAUUGGCCCUCUCCCUCCUAACUGGGAAAAGGCUUACACAGAACGAGGAGAAGUUUAUUUCAUAGAUCACAAUUCUGGAACUUCUCACUGGCUAGAUCCCAGAUUGUCUAAGUUUCAAAAGAAAUCUCUAGAAGAAUGUACUGAAAAUGAACUGCCCUAUGGCUGGGAAAAAAUCCAUGAUCCGCAUUAUGGAACAUAUUACAUUGAUCAUGUAAAUAGACGUACACAGUAUGAGAAUCCAGUAAUACAAGCAAAGAGGGCAGCCAAUGAUGCUGGCACUCCAGAGAGCCUCAUUCAGGAACUUGGAAGUGACGGUCAGUACCCUGUCCCUCGUGAUGGUCAGUACCCUGUCCCUCGUGAUGGUCAGUACCCCAUCCCACGUGAUGGUCAGUAUCCCAUUCCACGUGAUGGACAGUAUUCUGUUCCACCACCACCUCACAGUGCCCAGUCCAAUCUUCCCCUUGGUCCCCCUCAUAGUGCAUCCCAUGGCUCAAUCCAUGUCCAAACUAAUCCUAAUGGAUCCAAUGCUGGUAGUGUUCCCUCCACACCAUCCAAACGUCAAAAUAACUGUUCAUCUAGAGCAUUUUUCACAAGAAAUCCUCUCGAAUUGGAGGGUGAACGCAUUCAGACCACGCUCAUCAAGUCUGCAAGAGGCCUUGGUUUCACAAUUGUUGGUGGGGAUGAUUUAGAAGAAGAGUUUUUACAAAUCAAGUCUGUUGUUCCAAAUGGUUCAGCUUGGCUUGAUGGAAAACUUCAAACAGGUGAUGUCUUAGUUUAUGUGAAUGAUACCUGCGUCCUGGGAUUCACACACCAUGAUAUGGUGAGCAUGUUUCAGUCAAUAGCUCCAGGAGAGACAGUUUCUCUUGAAGUUUGCAGGGGAUACCCUCUGCCAUUUGAUCCCAAUGACCCUAACACUGAAGUUGUCACGACUGUAGCAGUUAAUGCUCCAGAUCCAUUAAACCCUGGAGGUGGACAGUACAUGUACCAUAAUGGUGAUAUGAAGUCAGAUCGUGGCUAUCACUUUAUGGAAAAUGACGAUCUGACAGGAAGCUCUGUUAAAUCAAUGCCAGAGCUUUGUGAUAGGAUUGAUCAAGGGCCUGCAAUUCCAAGACCUAAUUCUACUGACACCCUUCUUGAUCCUCCUGUUCCAGCCAAACCUGAGUUUUUGACCAUCUCUAUUGUCAAGGGGGCUAUGGGAUUUGGUUUUACUAUUGCUGAUAGUGCAUACGGUCAAAAGGUUAAGAAGAUACUAGACAGACAAAGAUGUAAAACAUUGCAAGAAGGAGAUAUUUUGGUUGAAAUUAACAAUGUGAAUGUACGUACAAUGUGCCAUGGAGAUGUUGUCCAAGUGUUGAAAGACUGUCCUAGGAAUGUGGAUGCAACAAUAACUGUGCAGCGUGGGUCAAGUUCAAAUAAGAAUAAGGUCAGAAAGAAGGAAGACCUGCUGCUUUCAGGAGGAAGAAAGGCAUACCGAAGCAAAACACCAACAGCUGAUUUGUACAGUACCCAACCAAAGGAGGUGGUUCCUACAAGACCCAAAACCCCUCUUGUUGAUACGAGAACUAGGUCAAAAACUCCAACUAAUGUUGGUUCAUGGAUGCACAAUGACCACAGCCUUAAAGCUGACAGUGAUAUUGACAAAAAUACCGAUAUUCUACAAAGCCCAUCCAUUGCUUCCCAAUAUGACGGUUUUCCAGCGACUGCUUUUCCAUAUCCUCAUCCUCAUUCUUAUGACCUUAGUCAACGACUGGCAAAUACAUCUCUCAGAAGUCCUGAUGAGUAUAGUCGAAGUCAUAGCCCUGGAAAUGAGUUAGAUGUAUCUGGUCAACAUCAAAGCCAUUAUCCUCCAUCAAACCAGUUGUAUUUCAACGGUUAUGGAAGCUAUGAACAUGGCUAUGGCUAUGGGUAUGAUGCUCAAACGGUUUCCGGCUAUGCACCCCACCCUAAUUUGGAUUAUUAUCCAAAGGGGAAAGAAAGCACAAGUUUUGAACAUGAACAACCUCUUUCAAGUCUAGUUUCCAGGUAUCCAAGAGAUCCUCGUUGGAUUGGUCUAGGUCCUGCCAGAGUAUAUCCUGCUGAGCCUGGGUUUGAUUGGGUAGAAACAUUGGUGACUCUUCAGAGACAAGAGACUGGCUUUGGUUUCCGUAUUGUUGGUGGGACUGAGGAGGGCUCCCAGGUAGGAUCAACGGUGUCCAUUGGUCACAUUGUACCUGGAGGAGCAGCUGACCUUGAUGGCAGGUUGUGUACGGGUGAUGAGAUGAUGAGUGUUGAUGGUCAGUCUGUCAUCAACACUUCUCAUCAUCAUGUGGUACAGCUGAUGGCCAGAGCUGCUGCUGCUGGACGCGUUACUCUUGGAAUUCGUCGAAGAAUACCCUCUCAUGAUGUGCAAAGUUUUAGCAGCAGGCAUGAUGGAGGUUAUCCCUAUGACGUCACAGUCACAAGACGUGAAAAUGAAGGUUUUGGCUUUGUCAUAAUAUCGUCAGUGAAUAAAGUAGGCUCUACUAUAGGGCGCAUCAUUGAAGGAAGUCCUGCAGAGCGUUGUAAUCAACUCCAUGUAGGUGACCGCAUUUUGGCGGUUAACCACAUGAACAUUACUAGCCUUCAUCAUGGUGACAUUGUAAAUCUCAUCAAAGAUUCAGGGUAUUCAGUCACACUCACAAUUGGAGCUCCACUUGAUGAUGCCUCAAGCACUGCCUCUGUAUCUCACCGUGAGGAGGGAGCUGAAGAUGAGCAGUAUCAUGCUGUUGAAUUGAACCGAGGAACAAGAGGUUUUGGCUUCAGUAUUCGUGGUGGGCGUGAGUUCCAGAACAUGCCAUUGUUCGUUCUUCAGAUAGCUGAAAAUGGACCUGCAUCACUUGACAACCGAUUGAAGGUUGGAGAUCAAAUUAUAGAAAUCAAUGGCAUCAAUACCAAAAAUAUGACUCAUGCAGAGGCCAUUGAAAUAAUUCGUAAUGGCGGUCCGUCCGUACGUUUAUUAAUUAAAAGAGGCGGACGUGUUCCUCCUCCCCCAACUUUAGGUGGGUGUCAUGACGCUUACUCAGAGGAAAUGGUUGGGAGUUUAAUGGAAACAACGUGCAGCCAACUAACCACUCCCCAUUCCAAUUCUGUAAAUGACUCCAUUGCUAAUUCAAUUGAUGACCAUACCUUGCAAUCACGGAACAGCCAGUGUAGUGACCAAAUGCCUGAAUCACUAACCGACCCGUUAAGCGACCCUCUAACAGCUCCCUUAGCUAUCCCAGUAUUAAAUGAAGCUAAUGGUCAGGUGCAUGAUCCUAUGCUUGAUAUAAUGCCAUCACAGUUCUGCUAAAUUGUUUCAUGUAACUAAUUUACUUGUGUUGACAGAUGACCCAAUUAUAUGUUUGUGUUUGACAAUCUAUUUUUUAAACUAGUAUUUCGGUCUUUCUGUGUGAUAUUUGAGGAAUAUUAACUUCUUAAUCAAUUUAAAAUCUUUUUUCAAAAGAAAGUACUUAUUGCUCAAGUUUAUGCAUGCAUUGAGCUCUACUUAACUAACCUUACUAACAACUGGAUUUUGUGUUCUUUUCAUUGUUUUUCUACUAUCUUGAAGUUGCAUCUUGUAAAUACCUAUUAGUCUUGCAUGAUUUGAUAAAAUUUUCUUUUGUAAUCUAAUGUGUUGUAGUUCAAAUUUGUAGUAUCAGUAUUGAUUGUGUUAAGCUGUAUUGAGGAAAUUGUAAAUUUUAAUCUAAUUCUCUUCAUCUUUUUUUUUUUAAUUCUGAAAACAAAGAUAUUACAUAGUUAUCCUUUUACAUAGAUGUAUUGUACUUACUCUUAAGUAUGGAAUCUCAAUUUUUUUAACACAAUCACCUUGACUUUUAAUUAUUAAUCAUCAAUUCUUGACCCAAAGUAGGGGAGUAUUGAAGCAUGUUAUUUGUGUGCAGACCCGUGCAUGAGGCCCAGCUCAUCCCAAGCCCAUGUGGGAGAGACUGGCUAUUGGGAUGCGUACCAGCAGAGCUGACAACUUUAAUCGAUCGACUCUCAGGUUCCGCUGCUUCACCCUUCAGUCUACAUUUCAUCUGUCAGUGUAUUGAUUGGAGGGUUAUUAGCGUUGAUUGCACUUUGAUAGUUUGUUAUUUAGCUUUGCUUUGUUGUUUAUGUUAUGUAUAUGAUGGUUGUUUAGUUGCAUUCAGUCAGUUGCUUUAGUAUGUCUUGUAUAUAAGAAAAUCAGCUCAAUUAUUAUUUGAUUAAUGUCAGGUGUAGUGCUUCAUUUGAUCCAAAGAUGCCGCCCUACUGAGCUCACAAGAUGGGACGUGUAAUUGGUUGGUGUAACUUUUUUAGUGCAUGUGACAUUUAGACAUGUUAACCUACACAAAAAUUUCUACUCCUGUGAUUUAUUUACUACUUAAUUUAUGUGUUCAAACUGUGAACUUUUGGAAGACAAGAAGAGGAAAUAAAGUAGAUUACAAUGUCUCAUGUGCAUUUGAAAGAAAAACCAACAAAAUCUGGAUGAACGUUGAUGCUCCGUCCAGAGACUAAUGUUGAAUGUCCACUGCACUAAUAGUUAUUGUCUACAGACUGGUAGAGUAUAUUUGUAGUAGCUGUUAUAUAAUUUUUUUGUAUGUCUUUUAUUACUCAGCGUGAUAUUUUUCAUCUGUUUUUGGAUUUAUCGAUAAAGAGUUUAUUAUUUCAUCAAUAGUUGAACAUUAUAUUUUGUUCAUUGAAUACGAUCAAUCGUAAACAAUGAUUUUUGUCAUGGUGUUAGUGCUUAUUUAGCACGCACUUUUGUGCCUCAGUGUAACGCAAUGAUGAAUUUUUACAGAAAUUAAAAUAUUGUUUGAACAAUAAUUUCCGUCCAGCAACCUAAAGACUGUCCUUGUUUUCUAUCGCAGAGGGGGAUAAACAGCUGUAAUAAUACAAAAAAAUAGGUUGAUGCCCUUUACUAAAUGUCGUCCAAAUAAUUGAGGGAAAGACUGAAUUGUGCCUUUUUUGGUAGAAAAAAAAUCUAAUCUAUGUAAUGUGUGGUUCUUGAUCAGUAUUCUUUUAGAUUCAAAAUUUAAAUUUAAAAUGUUGCAUUAAGAAGAGUAAGAGUGUAAACCACUAUUACUAAUUAAACCUAAGGUGUGAAGCUAAUAAUCUUACACCACACUCGACAGAUUACAGCUGUAUUCCCGUUCAAAGCAAAAGACAAUUCCACUUUUUAAAACAUUCAUGGAUUUUACUUUAUCAAUGUGUUACCUUGACCAGCAUUUAUACGUAAGAAAUUUUUAUCUUCCCUUCAUUUUAUUUAGUUACGGAUUAUAAAAUUCCUGUGUGCUGUAUUGGUGUCUGAUGAACAUCCUCCCCACUUUUACUUUUAUACCAUUUUCAUUUUCUUAAUUUGUUGAGAUCUUUGUUGAUUGGUUGGUUUUAUUUUUGAGCCAUCUACUUAGUUUUCAGUCUGCAAAUUUACACACAGAGGUAUUUGAAAGUUACUUGAGUCAACUCUUCUCUGAUUGUACCUCAAUUUUAUUUUAUUAUCUUAAUUGUUCACAAUUGUUUACUGCUUGUAAAUAUUUUUAUAUAGCAACUAUAUAUGUGUCAUGGUUGUAACCCCCUGUUUUUUUCAGAUUAUGUCCUUCCCUUCUCCUCUUUGAAAUCAACAAGACAAGCCCAGUGUUACAUUUGCAUGAUUGCAAAUAAAAAUGUACACUUGUGGCAUUAGCCAAAGAUUGCAUGUGCCUAGUGCUCACAAAGCUUUGCUUAUUGUGAACACAUAAAGUAUGAAUGACUUAUUGUUGAGAUAUACUUGUAUAGAGAUGUUAAUCACAUAUUUUCUACCUUAUGUAUGUUAAUAUUGUAUAAUGUGCAUAUUAAAACCCAAACCCUUCUUUUUUAAUGUUACAAGAGGGAUAUAUUUGUUCUAUGCUAUCACUUCAAGCUCAUAUUGUUAAGAAAAUAUAAAUCAUUGUGCCUUCAAUAUUUGUUGAACGGUACAGAAAAUAGAUCUGAGAUGUUAGACAUUUUACUGUAUUUUAAUAUUUAUAAUCAUCGUAUGUAUACCCUGCUAAAUGUGGACCCAUAUUUGACUGUUAGACCAUUUGAGGCUCUGCAAGCUUGUGUGCCUUAGUGCAUCUGUAUGGACUGUUUCGUAAUUGAGAAAAUAUAUUUUUGGAGAUUAUCAUUGUGGUUCUUUUGGUUUUAUGCUCAUGUAGAAAAUUAAGUUGUUAUAAUCAAAGCGGUCUGGCAUAGUCCAGUUUUGUAUGACAAAAUUAUUACACUUGAUUUAUACGAUCAGUUCCUGAUCUUGUCAUCUGUGCCACAUCAAUACUUUGAAUAAAUUAUGAUAAGUUCCAUAA